CUGGAAUGCUACAAACCCAACAAGGCAGUCCUGGUGUUGAGUGUCAGUUUAUUGAACCGAGCCCUGCUGGAGACGAGACCCAGCAGUCACAGCAUCCAUCAGUCCUUGCUAAUUGUUGGAGACGCAGACAACCAUCUCAUAUUUAAGUGCAGAGUCAGCGAUGCAGCAAUCCUGAGACAGGGGCACUGGAAUCAGACAGUGGAGGUGAAGAGGUCACCCACAGGAACAAAGCUCAACAUCAGCUUGCUGAGUCAAGACUGGGUUGGACUGGACAUCUGUGUUGAGUAUGAGCCUGUGUACUCUGAUGGCUGGUUUGAGUCCACCAGGAUACCUCGCAAUCAGAAGAUUCAAACCCCAGCUGCAAAACUCAGUCAAGCAGUUCAACUAGCCAAGAUAAACAAUCAUCUCUACCCGAUAUGCCAGCAAGUGUGUCAUCAUAAAUGUUGUGAAAAUGCCUUAACAAUUCUGAAAUGU